GUUCGCAGACUUUUCUCUCUGUUUUUACGUAAACAUGCUGCUGCAUGCUACACUCUGUGUUGCACUGACAUACUGUAAUGACUAGACUUGUUGUUAAAUAUAUUAACACUAUCUUAAAUAAAGCCGUUUAUGUGUAUAAUAUAACAAUUCUGUAAUUGUCAUAGUGUACAAUGCUAAACAUGAGUAACCAAUUAAAAAGAUAUCUGUUUUGGUUUGCGCACGAACAUGUUGAUUUUCGAUUGGCUGAAAUGGAAUCUAUAUUUGAUAUGUUUAAUAUUAAACCCUGUAUAAUAAUUAGACCAAAGGAACAUCCUUAUUGGAUUGUGGAUUUACUUGAUGAAAAAGCAGUACAUCAAAUCACCAGUAGAGCAAUCUCAUUACGCUUCUGCUUGGAGUUGUGGGCACAAGGAAAGCAAAAUGAAGACUUACAUAAGUCUUUGAAAGCUUAUUCAAUAAAAAAUGCAGAAACUUUUGCUGGGGACAAAAGAUCAUUCAAAAUUAUAGUGGAAACAUUUUGUAAACAUUUCUCACAAUGUGAGAAAGUUGAUAAAAUUGAGUCUUUCAAUUAUCUACCACUUGAAGGACCAGUGAAGUUGAAACAACCAGACAUUACUCUAUAUUAUAUAGAAUACUAUGGUCUUAAUCCCAAUAACAUUCCUAAGGAACCAUAUGAGCAUUUUUUUGGGAAAUGGAUUGCCGGUGGUCAGCGAGAGUUAAUUCAAAAGUUGUCAUUAAAAACUAGAAAAUUUAUAGGAAAUACGUCAAUGGAUUCUCAGUUAUCACUGAUAAUGGCGAAUCAGGCGCAGAUCAGAAACGGAGAUCUAGUUUAUGAUCCGUUUGUGGGUACAGGUUCCUUAUUAGUUGCCGCGUCUCAAUUUGGAGGAUAUACGUUCGGAACGGAUAUCGAUUUCUUAAUGCUACACGGUCGUACAAGACCUACGCGAAUCUCGCAAAAGAUAAGGGAGAAAGAUGAAAGUGUCGCGGCAAAUAUGCGUCAGUACGGAAUGAGUUCGUAUUACCUCGAUGUUGUGGUGGCGGAUUUUUCGUAUCCGCUGUGGCGACCCGAUUUACGAAUAGAUGCUAUUGUAACGGACCCACCUUACGGUAUAAGGGAAGCCACGGAACGUAUAGGUACGAUGAAAAUAAAUCCUGUGAUAGAAGAACAUCAUGUAACUUCUCACAUUCCUUCAAAAAUUGAUUACGGUCUGAAUCAGAUAUACAAAGAUUUAUUAUAUUUUUCCGCGACACAUCUGAGACUUAAUGGCAGACUGGUGUGUUGGUAUCCAUUAUUUAGAGAUCAGUAUGCAGAAAAUCAAUUACCAAUGCAUCCUUGCUUAGAGCUUGUAGCUAAUUCCGAACAAAUAUUAAGCAACUAUACUAGUCGGAGAUUGCUGACUUACAAAAAAAUUAAGGAACCGGAAAUAACAGACGAAACUGUCACCAUGAAUUUAACCGACUUCCGUGAAAAAUAUUUUGCGUUACGUGAGGAAACGAGAAAAGAAAAACGAAUGAGAAAAGCCGCAGAGAGAACGAAAAAUCGAGAAGAAUGGGAACGUAAUAACAAGGAAAUCACUGAAAGAUGAUUGUAGAAUUUUUCACAUAGAAAAAAUAGGAAACAUAGUAUACAUGUUUCUUUUAAUUUUAUGUUCUCAACACAUUGACUGCUAUGCAAAAUGUCUUGCGAUAGUUAAUCGUGCGAGAGUAACUGUUUUUUGUUUUUUUUUUGUUUUUUUCUAGAUAGAAAGUGAGAAACUAUUGAGCAAGCAAUAGUUCUCAAUAUUUGUAAAAAAAAGAUUAUAAAGACAUAAAACAUAAUAUGUCGGCGUAAGUCGACGUUGCAGUCAACGUUAUAUUUAAUAUUAUUAUACAUAUAUUGAAAAAAUAUAUUGACGUAUUAAAAAUUAUUGUUUUGUAGAGAAAUAGGAUAGUGUGGAGAAAGAGAGAAGAAUAUGAAAAAGUUUCUAUAAUUUAUCCAGACUUGUGUAAAAGUUGACAUGUGGUAAUACAACACACAGUGUUGAUAAUAAAAUAAAUGCUAUUUUUAUAUAUA